CUCAGGAAAAAAAAAAUGUGCACCAAGCCUGACAUGAUUCCAAAGUGUUUGUGGCUUAUAGUCCUUGUGGGUCUUUGCAUUACUGGCAACCUAUCUCUGGACUGUAACUUACUGAAUGUUCACCUGAGGAGAGUCACUUUGCAAAAUCUGAGACUUCUCAGCAGUAUGAGCAAUUCAUUUCCUAGAGAAUGUCUAAAAGAAAACAAAGAUUUUGAGUUGCCCCAAGAGAUCCUAUCACAUACCCAGACUGUGAAAAGGGGCCUCAGGGAGGCCUUCUAUGAAGUGUCCAUACAGGCCUUCCACAUCUUCAGUCAAUACACCUUCGAACCCACUUGGAAACUGAAACACCUGAAUCAAAUCCAGAUGGGACUUGACAAGCAGUUGGAGUACCUAGAACAAUGCUUGCAGGAAGAGGAGAAUGAAAACGCAGAUGUGAAAGAAGCUGCCAUGAAAUACUCGGGAGCUCAGGGCCCCCAGGUGCACAACCUAGAACUGAGGAGAUAUUUCAACAAGAUGCACAAUUUCCUGAAAGAAAAGAAAUACAGUCACUGUGCCUGGGACAUUGUACAAGUGGAAAUCAGAAGAUGUAUCUACUACUUUUACCAAUUCACAGCACUACUCAGGAGAAAAUAA